AUGUCUCUCGCCACGCGAGCUCGUUUCAACUGCAUCGAACAGGCGUGGGCAUACAUUGAUCGGAUCCUGGAUGGGCCGGACGGUCUUAAAGUUUUGCUGUGCGAUGAUGCAACCCGCAAUAUUUUGUCUGUAGUGUAUUCGCAACAUCAGCUUCUUCAGCACAAUGUGGUGCUUGUGGACAUGCUAAGUAAUCGGGAGCAUUACCCGAUGAAGCACCUUCAUUGUAUCAUCUUUUGCCGACCAUCACCGUCCUCGUUGGCCUGCGUCUAUCAAGAGCUGGCGGAGGGUAACUUUGCCUCCUAUUCACUCUGUUUUUCGUACCUUUUGGAAUCGAAUAUUGUGCAAUCUUUGGCAAAUGCCGAUCUUUUGAAUCUGACAACGGCUGUUAAUGAGAUUUAUUUAGACACUGUGCCGCUCACAGAGUACGUGAAUAUUGCGCAGCUAAAGCCCACAGCGCUCCGCUCUGCUGUUGCUCCCACUGUGAACCCCAUCACAUAUUCACAAUGGAGUACCACGUCAUUUGAUCGCAUGACGGAGGCUAUUGUAGGUCUAUUGCUCAUGACAAAUCGUCGUCCGGCCAUCCGUUAUCGUGGAAAGAACAAAGUCACAGAGAAGCUGGCAAAACUUGUGGCAGGAAAGAUGACAACUGUGCAUCAAAAUUUUCCUGACCUCAAGGCAAAGGACUCGGUCCUGUUGAUAUUGGACAGGAUGGACGACCCUGUUACCGCUCUCGUCAUACCAUGGACCUACGAGGCGAUGAUACAUGAAAUUAUCGGGUUUCAAUGUGGAAACGAAGUUACCAUUGAUGACCCUGAUGCCAAACCCGAGGAGCGUGUGCACAUUCUCACGGCGCACGCCGAUCCAUUUUUUGCCCAGCAUCGCUACAGUGAUUAUGGACAGGUGUGUAUUGCGGUGAGUGAGUUGGUGAAGGCCUACAAGGCUUUGAAUAAUUUUGACAGGAAUAGUGUGUCUUUGGACGAGAUUAAAAACUUCAUUAGUCGCUUUCCCGAGGCACGCAAGCAGUCUGUGCAGGUGACACGACACUGUGGAAUUGCAAGUCAAUUGGUAACAGAAGUAAAUGGACGUAAUUUGACGCAUUUGUCCGUCUUGGAGCAGGAAAUGCUCGCCUCCAGCAACGUGACGGAACACUCUAGGCAGAUGAUGGAUGUUGUGCAGGAUCCAAAGACGGACAUUGACGACGCCCUGCGCAUGGUUAUGCUCUACGCAUUACGCUACGAAAAGGUCGGUGGGAAUAAUAUUGCACAAUUGAAGGAAAUGUUACUGAAACGCAACUGCCCGAUGGAAAGAAUAUCACUUAUUGAUCGCUUGUUGGAGUACGGCGGUGCAGAUAAACGGCUGCACGAACUGUUCCGUACGUCCACGGGGCACAUUCUGAAGAUUGUUGCCAAGACAGUGGGCCAAUUUGGAAAAGACAUUCAAAACGUCUUGACACAGCACGUUCCUCUCAUGAAGAAAGUUAUCAAUAGGGUCUACAAUGGCACACUGUCGGAGCAAAAGUACCCGGUGCAGGAGGUGGUGGGUUCCCCCAUUUCAGCUUCCGCAGUGCCCACUAUUCGUGCGAAGGAUAUUAUUAUUGUGAUGGUGGGUGGUGUCACAUACUCAGAGGCGAUGCUUCUGUACCAAAUUAAUCAAGGCCAAGUGUCCAACAACGUGGAGUCGUUGAUGAAUUUGGGGAAAAAUGUGACACGUCUUGUGAGCGGGGAUUCGACUGCUAAAAGUGCGUCGGGUGAGCCAUACACGGAGAAGAUCGAGGCACGUGUCACGCUGCUCUCUACCAGCAUGAUUGAUUCCAAGGAUUUUAUCCACUCAUUGCCGUCAUAA